CCGCCCCGCCUCCUCAAACGGGAACCAAUAGGAGCCCGGGCCCCGCCCCUGGGGGGAGUAUUUAGGAGCCGAUCAGGAACUCGCUUGGAGAGGGCUAGGGAAGCCGAAGGGAGCGCGGAGAGGAGUGAGGCCCCGCCUCACAACCUGGGAACCGGAGAGUAGGGGCCGUCGGCCGGCCAGAACCUGCCGUGCCUCCUCGGCAAGGGCCAUCCGGUGCCACCCAUGUCGCACUAGAGCAGAAGUGGGUGAGUCCUGGAACUGCGACCUGCACAGAGCUGCUCUGUACUGUCCCUGGUGGUCGCCGCCAUGACCUGGUUGGUGCUGCUGGGGGCACUGCUCUGCAUGCUGCGCGUUGGGUUAGGCAUUCCGGACUCCGAGGGUUUCCCGCCCCGUGCGCUCCACAACUGCCCCUACAAAUGUAUCUGCGCUGCCGACCUGCUAAGCUGUACUGGCCUAGGGCUGCAGGACGUGCCGGCCGAGUUACCUGCCGCUACUGCUGACCUCGACCUGAGCCACAACGCGCUCCAGCGCCUGCGCCCCGGCUGGUUGGCGCCCCUCUUCCAGCUGCGCGCCCUGCACCUAGACCACAACGAACUAGAUGCGCUGGGUCGCGGCGUCUUCGCCAACGCCAGCUGCCUGAGGCUGCUCGAUCUAUCAUCUAACGCGUUGCGGGCGCUUGGCCGCCACGACCUCGACGGGCUGGGGGCGCUGGAGAAGCUGCUUCUGUUCAAUAACCGCUUGGUGCACUUGGACGAGCAUGCCUUCCACGGCCUGCGCGCGCUCAGCCAUCUCUACCUGGGCUGCAACGAACUCGCCUCGUUCUCUUUCGACCACCUGCACGGUCUGAGCGCCACCCACCUGCUUACUCUGGACCUCUCCUCCAACCGGCUGGGACACAUCUCCGUACCUGAGCUGGCCGCGCUGCCGGCCUUCCUCAAGAACGGCCUCUACUUGCACAACAACCCAUUGCCUUGCGACUGCCGCCUCUACCACCUGCUACAGCGCUGGCACCAGCGGGGCCUGAGCGCCGUGCGCGACUUUGCGCGCGAGUACGUAUGCUUGGCCUUCAAGGUACCCGCGUCCCGAGUGCGCUUCUUCCAGCACAGCCGCGUCUUUGAGAACUGCUCAUCGGCGCCAGCUCUUGGCCUAGAGCGGCCGGAAGAGCACCUGUACGCGCUGGUGGGUCGGUCCCUAAGGCUUUACUGCAACACCAGCGUCCCGGCCAUGCGCAUUGCCUGGGUUUCGCCGCAGCAGGAGCUUCUCAGGGCGCCAGGAUCCCGCGAUGGCAGCAUCGCGGUGCUGGCCGACGGCAGCUUGGCUAUAGGCAGCGUACAGGAGCAGCAUGCGGGACUCUUCGUGUGCCUGGCCACUGGGCCCCGCCUGCACCACAACCAGACGCACGAGUACAACGUGAGCGUGCACUUUCCGCGCCCAGAGCCCGAGGCUUUCAACACAGGCUUCACCACACUGCUGGGCUGUGCCGUGGGCCUGGUGCUCGUGCUGCUCUACCUGUUCACCCCACCCUGCCGCUGCUGCCGCCGUGCCUGCCGCUGCCGCCGCUGGCCCCGAACACCCAGCCCGCUCCACGAGUUGAGCGCACAGUCCUCAGUACUCAGCACUACACCGCCAGACGCACCCAGCCGCAAGGCCAGCGUCCACAAGCACGUAGUCUUUCUGGAGCCAAGCCGGAGGGGCCUCAAUGGCCGCGUGCAGCUGGCAGUAGCUGAGGAAUUCGAUCUCUACAACCCUGGAGGCCUGCAGCCGAAGGCUGGCUCUGAGUCCGCUAGCUCCAUAGGCUCCGAGGCUCCCAUGACGACCUAGACUGCCCAGGGCCCCCCCACCCAGGCCCCCACCCUCUUGCUGCUCACCCUGCUCCCUUGCUUCGGUUCAGAGAACUGGCAGAUACUGGUGAGAAGCACUGUGCCUGGCCCCCCAGCUUCCUGUAUGGGCCUCGAAACACAAUGGGCCUUCUUGCUCACUGGUAGAGACAGGGGUUGUAGUCCCCAACCUGCUUUCUGCUCUGCCCCUGCACAGGACCCAAAGGCCCCAGGCCCUGCAAGGUGUGCUAGUGCCUGCUUUCCCGGGGACUUCCUAGUGCCCAAAUGCCCUGUGAGGCUGAGAGACCCAGGCCCCUGUGGCUUUCAACACAGCACAGCUGUGGAAGUGGCUGUGUUCUUCUACAGCCUGUGGAAGAACCCCUGUAGCAGAGCCCCCUGUCCACCCUCAGGGGCCGAGGCAGCUCUCGAGGAGUGGUGUUGAAGAGCUGACGCAGGGCCACCUCCCCUUCCCAAGGGGGUGGGAGGGAGUGGGACCACAGGGAAAAGAAGGCGGCUCUGAAGGAAGAUCUCGCCCACACCCCAGGACAGAAAGAGGAAACAAGCCCGCCCUCUGGUGAAAUGGGACUCCCUCCAUCCACCAACACCCAACCUCCUGAAAGCUUCACAACUUCACACAGAGUCCGGUGGGCAGGCACCAGGCAGGAAAUGCUCCUCAAGAGGUUCCUGGGGGUCUGGCCUAAGCCCCAGCCAGAGGCCCUGCUCUCUCUGGCCUGGGGCAUCCAGCCGUUGCUCUGAAGGCAGAGCCCAUUCUGUGGGCUCACAAGACACAGUGAAGGGGAUCAUGGCUUGCGCCCCUGCUGUUCAGCAGUAAAAAGCCCGAAAAGCCUGGCGAGCAUGGCCAAGCUGGGAGGGCCGAGCCGGAACUCCACGUCCCUCGAGAGCAGGAGCCUCUUAAGGGCUGGCACUGGUCUCAGCCUAAUGGCUGAGGCGGUGCCCUGGCUUCACAUGCAUCUCACUGCUCCCACUGCAGGGGGGCAGGGAAGGGGGGUCUGGGAGCCCUUCAUGUGUGGGGGCCGAGCUGGGGUCCCCCAUGGCCAUCCUGGACCCCGCUGCUCCGGAGUUUAAUAAAGGCAGCACAUGCUUAUUGCUAGAGCCUUUGCAGACAA